GGCAAAAUGAGAUUUGUAGCCUUCAGAUACACAACCGUUUCAUGUUUUCCAUUUUUAAAAGUUACAGUUGGCUGUUGGUACAGCAGAUAAGAAGCUGAGGUGCAACAAGCCGUAGAUUGAAAUAUUAAUCAUGCAGCAGUUAGCAUCUUCUGAUCCAAGUGCUGCAAAACUGCAUCCUUCCCACGAAAACAUAGCUGCUGUUCAGAUGAGGAUAAAGACUGCCAACAGUCCCCAUGACAGACACAGCCAAAGUAAAUCAAUGAUACUGUCUGAUAAUCUGAAAGUCACUGAACCUAUAUCCCGUCACAGAAGGAAUCGUUCCCAACAUAAUUUAACACUUCCUGAGUUCAUUAGCCCACUGGAGCAAAUGGUAAUUAAAGAAGGGUGUCUACUAAAAGCAAAAAUUGCAGAUGAAGGCAAGAAGCUAAGGAAAAACUGGACUACUUCUUGGCUUGUUCUCACGGGUUGGAAAAUAGAAUUUUACAAAGAAUCCAAGCAGCCAGCUGUGGCCAAUCUGAAAUCUGGGUAUAAACCUGAAUGGGUAGACCUGCAUGGAGCUCACAUUGAAUGGACUAAGGACAAAUCUAGCAAAAAGAAUGUCUUCCAGAUCACAACAGUAUCAGGAAAUGAGGUCCUUCUUCAAUCAGAUAUUGAUUUUGUCAUCUUAGAAUGGUUCCAUGCUAUCAAAAAUGCAAUCGAGAGACUGUCAAGGAAAAACGAAUUCAAGAUUCCAAGAUCUUCUAGUUCUGAAUUGUUGAACAGUUUUGACACUGAUUCCAAGGAACCAAAGCCAGAAAACAGAAGAUCUUUAAUUUUUAGGCUCACCUACAGUAUUUCUGAUACAACUGACAGAAACAGAGUUAAGAGCAGGCUAAAGAAGUUUAUUACUCGACGACCUUCAUUGAGAACUUUGCAAGAAAAGGGAAUAAUUAAAGAUCAAGUUUUUGGUUCCCAUUUGCACAGAGUUUGUGAACGUGAAGGCUCCACGGUUCCUCAGUUCGUUAAAAUGUGCAUAAAUGCUGUUGAAAACCGAGGUCUGGAUGUUGAUGGAAUAUACCGAGUCAGCGGCAAUCUGGCAACGAUACAGAAGUUACGAUUUGUUGUCAAUCAGGAAGAGAAGUUGAAUUUGGACGACAGCCAGUGGGAGGACAUCCACGUUGUCACCGGAGCACUCAAGAUGUUUUUCAGAGAGCUGCCUGAGCCACUGUUCCCAUACUGCUUCUUUGAACAGUUUGUGGAAGCAAUAAAAACCCAAGAUGACAACAGAGUGAAAUCCAUAAAAGAACUUGUACAGAAGCUCCCCAGACCAAACUAUGACACCAUGAAAAUACUAUUUGAACAUCUACAAAAGAUAGCAGCAAAGGAGAACCUGAACCUUAUGACACCUCAGAGUUUAGGAAUUGUGUUUGGACCCACCCUCCUUCGACCUGAAAAAGAAACAGGAUCCAUGGCAGUCCACAUGGUGUACCAAAACCAGCUGGUUGAGCUAAUGCUGAGCAAAUACUCCACGAUCUUCAAUUCUGAGAAAGACUGACAGACUAGAAAAGUGAUGGAAUAUGUUCACAUCUGUCUUGAUAGCUAAUAUUUUUACAUUUCUGUAAACAUCUUUCUGAAAUAUUUCUUUUUCCUUCUAGUGACAGAUGCCUCAUUUUGUGAAAACUUAAUGACGUUUUUGUCUUUAAAUGUCCAAACAUUGCAGUAAAAAUAUAUUGUCAACAUUUGCUUAUAUGUACUCAGUAUUAACCCUUUCCAUGAGUCAGUUUCAGCACACUCUCCUAUGCUUUGUCAUUUUGUAUUCCUUUAUUUUACACUGGGAUUAGACAGUAUGACCAAAUUCAGAGGAAAUAUUGCUUAGAGGCAUAUGCAGUGGUGCACCCAGACAAGCGGGGUUGGAGGUUAAUGGAUUUAAAUGGGAGGUUGGAACAAUUAAACUGGUACUGAUAAUAGUCUAUCGCUUAAAAUGAUUUUUAAUGUAUAUACCUGUUCUUGUGUGGGCAAAUGAUAAAAACACACUGAAGAGUAAUUUCUCCUUGAGGGAAAGUCAAAGGAUCAAAUGUUGCCACUGAUUUUCAUGCCCCUCCCAAAAAGGAGUGAAAUGUUGUGAAGAUUGUGUUAUAAACUAUAAGGAUGAAAUUAACUCCUGGAUCUCAUCUUAAAUGCCAGCCACUGCAAUGCACCAAUUGCCAAAUGCUUAUGUUAAAUGUGACAUCCAUUUUGAAUCUCCAUCCCUCUGUGUAACUUUGCUCUUUCCCUAGCUAUGUCAUGAUUUGGAGAAUUCUAUAUUGUGCUCUCAAAGAUGCUUUAUUGGUGAACUGCAUUAAAUUCAUCUAGAAAGAACUUUUUCUAAAAGCCUUUUCAUAUGCCCUUAGGAUUACUUGGCUAGACUUGAAUCAAUUUAUACAUUUGAUGGUUAGUUUCAGUUGUCAUGGAUAAACAAAAGGGUAACUGUCUAGAAUAUAUCAAAUAUUGUUUCAUUCCGAAAUGUAUGUUUCCAGCUAUACAUAUCCCCUAUCCUGUUUUGUAAAAGUAUUCCACUGAUAAAAUGUAGACUUAUGUUUGACAGCUUUUUAAUCAAGUUCAAAGAGAAUAAAUAAAACUAAUCCAGUGUGGUAAAA